AUGGGAUCCAUCAACACCACUGGAAAGUUGAAUGUGGCUUCGUGCGGCAUACAUGGCUUUGGCGAGGCCAUUGGCAUCGACGUGGACGAGCUGCGUUUCUUCUGGAAACUGGAAUCGACCGACGAGCAUGCUAGACAAUGUGCGUACCGCGUGGUUGUAUCGACCAACAAACCAGUGCAUGGACAGAGCCUCACAGCGCCUUGUUUUGACUCGGGCCGUGUCGACGGACCCGCGCAGCGCAAUAUACUGUGCAAGCCCGACCAUGGCUUCCGGCCCACGGCCUUUCACUACUGGACCGUGCAGGUUUGGGACCAAGACGGGAACGACACAGUGAGCGCGGUGAACGAGUUUUACACAUCGUACCCCCGAUCCAACCGAUUGCUGCCGCCCUACAGCAUGAACCAGACCUAUAUGCCGCACACGAGCCUCAUUUUCCGCUCUUGGUUUGAAAACCCCGACGGGCGGUGGAAGGCGGCGUGGAUUGGCGAUGGCGGUGACAAGCCAAUCUACCUUCGAACGUCCCUCGACCUGCAGCGUAGGCCUUGGCGGGUUGUUGUGCUCGCCUCAGGACUCGGCCAUUUCAACCUCAGUGUCAAUGGCCAGCCGGCAUCGGCUCAUGUCCUGGACCCUGGCUGGACCGACUACCACAGGACCGUGCAGUUUGUCGGCUACGACGUGACCGACAAGAUCCUGGGCGGCAUCAACGUCGUCGGGGCGCAUCUUGGCAACGGCUUCUAUGCCGGCGAUCAGGGCGAUCGCUUUUUCUGGCCCAUGUACGAAGACAACACGUACGUCCGGUACGGCAACGAGCUCUGCUUCUUCGCCGAGAUCCACGUGCAUUACGACGACGGCACGCACGACUGCAUCGUCUCCGACCCGACAUGGAAAGUGAAAAAGAGCGCCACCACUCUGGCCAACAUCUAUGCGUCAGAGAACCACGACGCCCGGUUGUUUCCCACCGGCUGGGAUACGCCCGACUUUGAUGCUCGCAGCUGGGCCCCUGCCAAGCCACUGACGGGGCCGCGCGGAAAGUUGCGAUACCAGAGCCAGCCACCCGUGGUCCUGCACAACACAUUUACUCCUGUUCGGCAAACAACCGUAAAACCGGGCGUUGUUGUGUUCGAUCUCGGCCAAAACGCAUCCGUCGUGCCCCUUGUUCUGGCAAAGGGUGCUGCUGGCAGCGAGUACCGAGUCAAGUAUUCCGAAACGCUCGGCGAUGACGGUCUUGUUCUGAUGCCCGACCCGUUGUUCAAAGACUUUGAGACCCACGUCUACUCGCGCAUACGGCUUGCCGGGCACGACACGCCAGAGGCGUGGUCGCCCGCAUUUUGCUUUACCAGUGCGCGGUACAUUCAAAUCGAGGGUGCCACCCUGCAAGGCGAGCGCGAGGGCGACCUAGUCGAAAUCCAAUCGGUUACGGCCCGCCACAUUUCAUCGGCUGCCGCGCAUCUUGGCUUUGUCAAGACCGACAAGGACGACGUCAACGCCCUGAUCAACGCCUGCUAUUGGACAUUCAGCUCCAACAUUUUCAGCUACCACACGGAUUGUCCCCAGAUUGAGAAGUUCGGCUGGCUCGAGGUCACCUCACUGCUCUUCCCAGCCACACAGUAUGUCCGCGACAUGGAGGCCGUCUACUCGAAGAUUCUGGACGACAUUAUCGACGCCCAGGAACCAUCCGGGCUGGUCCCUACAAUGGCACCGCUGGUCCGAUACAUGUGUGGUCCCAUGCACGACACAAUCACAUGGGGAGGCGCCGUCUGCCUCCUUCCCGAGAUGAUCAAACGCUACUACGGGAGCACCGUGGUUUUUGAGAAAUGCUAUGCGCCGUGUGUCCGCUACAUGGAAUACAUGCGACGCAAGGAGCGCCUAGGUGGAUUGAUCGAGCACGGACUCGGCGACUGGGGCCGAGACGUUGCAUUUGGCAACCACCAGGCCAACAUUGAAACGGCCGUCUAUUACAAGUGCCUCUGCAACGUGGCGCUGAUGGCCAGAGAGCUCGGCCAUGCCGCCGACGAGGCGUCGUACUCUGCCUGGGCUGACCGGGUCUAUGCAAACUACAACAAGCACCUUCUGGUCACCGACAAGGCCGAGCACCCCUAUGCCUACUACACCUCGCUGGACACGCCGGGGACGCGCGACCGCACCAUGGUGGCCCAAGCCGUGGCCCUGCAGUUCGGCCUCGUGCCGGCACAUCUGCGCGAGGACGUCGAGGCAGCAUUUGUUGCGGCCGCAGAAGACGCUGGGCACGUGAUGCUGGCGGGUGAAAUUGGCCUCAAGUACCUGUGGAACACGCUGGCCGACCCGGGCGUCGACCGCCCCGACAUUGUGCUGGACAUGGCCCGGCAAGACGAGCAUCCGUCCUAUAUGCGGUUUCUGCGCCGCGGCGAGACCACGCUGUCGGAGUUCUGGCAAGACAACUGCCGGUCCAAGUGCCACGACAUGCUGGGCACCAUCUACGAGUGGUUCUACGCCUAUGCGCUCGGCGUGCAGCCGUUGGACGAUGCCUAUCGAACGUGGCGGCUUCGUCCUUGCUUCAAGGCCGAGUUCGACUACGUCGAGGGCACGGUCGAGUCGCCGUACGGGCAGAUUUGCGUCACGUUUGAUCGAAGGCAGAGAACGGAUGGGACGGUGGCCAUGGCGGUCACAGUUCCGGUAGGCACAACGUGCGAGUUGACGCUGCCAAGUAGCAGCACCAGAGUCGAGCUGAAAAGACAGCCGUCCGAUUCAACCCGGGCCCAUAAGGGGGCGGCGCUGCAGCUGCUCCAAGGCCGCUACACACUGGUAAUCGACAAGUGGAAUUAG